AUGUCAAGAUUCUUGAGAAACAUCUGGUCCACUGGUUCACGCCAGCUUGGCUUGAAUUCUCAAAGAAGAUUAUUUCACCAAAGUACCAUCAGAAGAACUUAUGAAGAAGAAAAAGUUGUGAUUGAUGAUAUCAUUAGUAAAUUACCAGAACAGGAUUUGCAAGUUGCUGAUAGAAUGCGUAAUAUUGGUAUUUCAGCACAUAUUGAUUCAGGUAAAACUACAUUUACAGAACGUGUUUUAUUCUAUACAGGUAGAAUUAAAGCUAUUCAUGAAGUCAGAGGUCGUGAUAAUGUUGGUGCUAAGAUGGAUCAUAUGGAUUUAGAAAGAGAAAAGGGUAUUACUAUUCAAUCUGCUGCUACUUACUGUUCUUGGGAUAAAGAUAACAAAAAUUAUCAUUUCAAUUUAAUUGAUACCCCAGGUCAUAUUGAUUUCACAAUCGAAGUUGAACGUGCUUUAAGAGUUUUAGAUGGUGCUGUUUUAGUUGUCUGUGCUGUUUCUGGUGUUCAAUCACAAACUGUUACUGUUGAUCGUCAAAUGCGUCGUUAUAAUGUUCCAAGAGUUACUUUCAUCAACAAGAUGGAUAGAAUGGGUGCUGAUCCUUUCAGGGCUAUUGAUCAAAUCAACAAAAAAUUAAAAACACCAGCUGCUGCCAUUCAAGUCCCAAUUGGUGCUGAAUCAGAAUUGAAAGGUGUUGUUAAUAUUAUUGAUAGAGUUGCUCUAUAUAAUGAAGGAUCUCAAGGUGAAGAAAUUAGAAAAGCUGAGAUUCCAGCUGAUCUUGUUGAUCUUGUUGAAGAGAAAAGAGCUUUAUUAAUCGAAACACUUGCUGAUGUUGAUGACGAAAUUGCAGAAAUCUUUUUGGAUGAAGGUGAACCAACCACUGAACAAAUCAAAGAUGCUAUUCGUAGAGCUACCAUUGCUAGAAAAUUCACUCCAGUUUUAAUGGGUUCUGCCUUAGCUAAUACUGGUGUUCAAAAUGUCUUAGACGCUGUUGUUGAUUAUUUACCAAACCCAUCUGAAAUUUUAAACAAAGGUUUAGAUAUUUCAAAAGGUACUGAAGAACCAAUCAACAUGUUACCAUCAAGUAAAAAAGGUUUUGUCGGUUUAGCUUUCAAAUUGGAAGAAGGUAAAUAUGGUCAAUUGACUUAUUUACGUGUUUAUCAAGGUCGUUUGAAAAAAGGUGGUUUUAUUACUAAUGUUAAAACUGGUAAAAAGGUUAAAGUUUCUCGUUUAGUGCGUAUGCAUUCAAAUGAUAUGGAAGAUGUUGCUGAAAUCGGCCCAGGUGAAAUUUGUGCUACUUUUGGUAUUGAAUGUUCUUCAGGUGAUACUUUCACUGAUGGUGUUGAACAAAUCACAAUGUCUUCUAUGUUUGUUCCAGAUGCUGUUAUUUCACUUUCAAUUACACCAAAAUCAAAAGAUACAUCAAACUUCUCCAAGGCUAUGAACCGUUUCCAAAAAGAAGAUCCAACUUUCAGAGUUAGAUACGAUAGUGAAUCUAAAGAAACUGUCAUUUCAGGUAUGGGUGAAUUACAUUUAGAAGUUUAUGUUGAACGUAUGAAGCGUGAAUAUAACGUUGACUGUAUUACUGGUAAGCCACAAGUUUCUUACCGUGAAGCCAUCAUGAAUGCUGCUGAUUUCGAUUUCACUCACAAAAAACAAUCAGGUGGUGCUGGUCAAUAUGCUAGAGUCAUCGGUACUUUAUCACCAUUAGAAGGUGAAAACAUUUUCGAAUCACACGUUGUUGGUGGUAAAGUUCCAGAAAAAUACUUGGUUGCAUGUCGUAAAGGUUUCGAAGAUGCUUGUGAAAAAGGUCCAUUAAUUGGUCAUAAAGUUUUAGGUGCUAAAAUGUUCAUCAACGAUGGUCAAAUCCAUGACGUUGAUUCUAAUGAACUGGCUUUCAGAACUGCGGCUAUUGGUGCUUUCAAACAAGCAUUCAUUAAAGGUAAUGGUGUUAUUUUAGAACCAAUCAUGAAUGUCAGUGUCACUGCCCCAGGUGAAUUCCAAGGUAAUGUUAUCUCAUUAUUGAACAAGGUUCAAGCUAUGAUCCAAGAUACAGAAAUUGGUGUUGAUGAAUUCACAAUUUCUGCUGAAUGUCCAUUGAACCAAAUGUUUGGUUUUGCCACCUCUUUAAGAGCCUCGACCCAAGGUAAAGGUGAAUUCUCUUUAGAAUUCAAACAAUUCUCCCCAGCGCCAGUUCAUUUACAAAAAGAAUUAAUCGCUGAACAUCAAAAGAAAUUAGCUGAACAAGCUAAAGCCAAAUAA